AUGUAUAGUCUAUACAAGAAGGAACUACUGGGUAGUUAUUGCAGGCAUGAAGUAACAAACAUAUGAAAUCCCUGCUUUCAAACGAACUCUUUUUUAAAAUACAAUUUUGUAUGUGUUAAAAAUAUCCAAAAGCAUCAAAAAUUGACCAACUUUUAUAAUACAAAGUUUUUAUGUCGGCAGGAUAAAACUGAAAGAGUGAGAGAUACGCUAGUGGUAGCAAUGCUACCUAUGCUUGCACAAGGCAAAUAA